UUACGUAACGUUCAGUUAUAUAGACUUGGGUUCGAAGGAGGGAGAAAGUGAGUUUGAUAAAAAUGUGGUAUCUUUUGCUGCUGCUGUUGGGAGGGAGCUCGGCCUUCGAGUACGAAGACUGCGGUAUUCCCGACCAGAAGAUCGCCUUCAUUGACAGUCUGGUCAUCAGUCCGGAUCCGGCUACCAUUCCAGGAGACAUGACAGUCAGCGUCAAAAUAAGAGUGACCGAAGACAUUCCUCCGGGAGCCAUAGUUAAGUUGAAGAUCAUCCGCCAUAUGAACAUUUUCGGUCAAGCUAUAGACUUGCCUCUACCUUGCUUGGGAGAUAUCGGUUCGUGCGAUACCGAAGCCUGCAGAUUUUUGAAAAGUCACGAGGAAAGGGCAUGCCCCUUCUUUCCAGAAGAUAAACCUUGCCAAUGCCCCAUAACGGCCGGAGAUUACGUGGGUACGGAUCUCGUGGUGCCCUUUCCGGAUUUCGGACCUCUUCUCAACCAGUUGGUGGCGGGUAAGUACGAGUUUCAGUUCAUCGUACAACACGGAGAGAGACAAUUGGCUUGCGUUCGAGCUAAACUGGAGCUAGCCGCCAAAAAAGAAUGAAAAUACUCGAGAAGUCGGUUCGAAAACGUUCUUUCCUUCCUUUGUUCAUGCAAAUUACAUUUUAAAACGUCCGAGUUUCUUUAUUGUACAAAGUCCAAUUAUUAAACUGAACCUUAUAAUAAAUGGCAAUUUUCGAAAGAA